GGGAGGGGGUGGGAGAAACCGGGCCGGGAACGGGCGGAGAGGCUCGGGAUCAACGUGGGUUUACAGCUAAUAGAGCCCACAACAUCCUGCACUAAGAAAAAAAAGGCCGGGAAAACCCUCCACCCACGAAGCACGAGAGCCGCGGCUGCUGGGAGGUCAAAGGGCGGAGGUGAGGAAGGAGCCGCUUCCCGGUGAGAAAUGGCUUGGAGCAGAACCAGUUCCUGCUGUUCCCUCUUAGGAGCUCAGCCACAGCAUAAAGCAAAGAAAGAUGGCAGAUUUUAAUAUGCAGCCCCCCAAGUGAUAAAGAAGUACUGGCUUUGGAAUGCUCAGUGCUUUCUUACAGAAUGCUGCUGUUGGACAGCAGGUGGAGGCAGUGCCUCCCCGCAGGGCUGCCCGCGCUGCUGUGCCCCGGGAUGGCCUGGAGGUGAGGAUGACCCUGACUGAGAGGCUGCGCGAGAGGAUUUCGGGGGCGUUCUACAGCCACGGGCUGCUCUGCGCCUCCCACCCCAUCCCCACCAUCCUCUUCACCGCCCUCUGCGUCCUGGCCUGCUGCUCCCCCCUGCUGAAGCUGCCUCUGCCAGGGACGGGCCCCGUGGAGUUCAGCACGCCGCUGAAGGACUACGCUCCCCCCGGGGGGCAGGGGCUGCAGCACGGCGAGCCCGGCGAGCGCCCCGACUGGUACGUGGGAGCCCCCGUGGCCUACAUCCAGCAGAUCUUUGUGAAGGCCACCGUGUCCCCGUGGCAGAAGAACCUCCUGGCCGUGGAUGCCUUCCGCUCGCCGCUGGCCCGCGUCUUCCCGCUGGUGGAGGAGAUCAGGAACCACGCCCUGAGGGACAGCUCCGGGGUCAGGAGCCUGGAGGAGGUUUGUCUGCAGGUGACAGACCUGCUGCCUGGCCUCAGGAAGCUGAGGAACCUGCUCCCAGAGCACGGCUGCCUGCUGCUGUCCCCGGGAAACUUCUGGCAGAACGACCGCGAGCGCUUCAAUGCCGACCCAGAUAUCAUCAAAACCAUCCACCAGCAUGAGCCAAAGACCUUGCAGAUGUCAGCCACUCUCAAAGACCUGCUCUUCGGGCUGCCUGGCAGGUACAGCGGGGUCAGCCUGUCCAACCGGCGCCGCGUGGUGUCCUACACCGUCACCCUGGGGCUGCAGCGCUACGACUCCAGGUUCCUGAGCAGCCUGCGCUCGCGGCUGAAGCUGCUGCACCCCAGCCCCAACUGCAGCCUGCGGGAGGAGAGCGUGGUGCACGUGCACUUCAAGGAGGAGAUCGGCAUCGCCGAGCUGAUCCCGCUCGUCACCACCUACAUCAUCCUCUUCGCCUACAUCUACUUCUCCACACGCAAGAUCGACAUGGUGAAGUCCAAGUGGGGCCUGGCUCUGGCAGCAGUGGUGACAGUGCUCAGCUCCCUGCUCAUGUCCGUGGGGCUCUGCACCCUCUUCGGCCUCACGCCCACGCUCAACGGCGGAGAGAUAUUCCCAUACCUGGUGGUGGUGAUUGGCCUGGAGAACGUGCUGGUGCUCACCAAGUCCGUCGUGUCCACGCCCGUGGACCUGGAGGUGAAGCUGCGCAUCGCCCAAGGCCUGAGCAAUGAGAGCUGGUCCAUCAUGAAGAACAUGGCCACGGAGCUGGGGAUCAUCCUCAUCGGGUACUUCACGCUGGUCCCGGCCAUCCAGGAGUUCUGCCUCUUUGCCGUGGUGGGGCUGGUGUCAGACUUCUUCCUGCAGAUGUUCUUCUUCACCACCGUGCUGUCCAUCGACAUCCGCCGCAUGGAGCUGGCUGACCUGAACAAGCGGCUGCCGCCCGAGUCGUGCCCGCCGCGGGCUCCGUGCCGAGCGCGGGCGCUGCGCCCGGCGGCCCCGCAGGCGGUCACCCCGCACGGCCUGGCCCCGCAGGCCGUCACCCCGCACGGCCUGGCCCCGCAGGCGGUCACCCCGCACGGCCUGGCCCCGCAGGCGGUCACCCCGCACGGCCUGGCCCCGCAGGCUGUCACCCCCCACACCAUCACCCUGCAGCCGUCCUCGCUGCGCAACCUGCGCCUGCCCAAGCGCCUGCGCGUCAUCUACUUCUUCGCCCGCACCCGCCUGGCCCAGCGCCUCAUCAUGGUCGGGACAGUGAUCUGGAUCGGAAUCCUGGUGUACACGGAUCCCGCUGGGCUCCGCACCUACCUCACGUCCCAGGUCACGGAGCAGAGUCCCCUGGGGGACGCAGGCCUGCCUGCCAUGCCCGUUCCUGGAGGGGUCCUGCCUGCUGGGGACCCCGAGCUGGACCUGUCCGUGUUCCCCUCGGAGCCCGUGCCGCUGUCGGAGAACCGGACGCAGCAGCGGGAGCAGAAGGCGCGGCUGGAGCCCGAGCAGCAGCCCUGGGGCCCCGAGGGCAGGGGCAACGGGCAGCUGGAGCUGGGAACAGAAGCACAGGUUACCUGGGGAGCAGAGGAUGAGGAGAUCUGGAGGAAGCUUUCCUUCAGGCACUGGCCAGCCCUCUUCAGCUACUACAACAUCACCCUGGCCAAGAGGUACAUCAGCAUCCUGCCAGCCAUCCCGGUGACGCUGUACCUGAACCCCCAGGAGGCCCUGGAGAUGCGGCACCCGCAGGAGACCUGGCGCUCCCAGCCCUUCCUGGACACGGCCCCGCGGCCGGAGCGCCCCGCGCCCCGCGGCCACCAGGACGUCACCCUCUACAAGGUGGCUGCUCUGGGCCUGGCCUCGGGCAUCGUGCUGGUGCUGAUGCUGUUCUUGCUGUACCGGGUGCUGUGCCCCAAGAACUACGGGCAGAACGGGCCGGGCCGGCGGCGCCGCGGGGACCUGCCCUGCGACGACUACGGCUACUCGCCCCCCGAGACCGAGAUCGUGCCCCUGGUCCUCAGGGGACACCUCAUGGACAUCGAGUGCCUGGCCAGUGACGGGAUGCUGCUGGUGAGCUGCUGCCUGGUGGGGCAGAUCCGCGUGUGGGACGCGCAGACGGGCGACUGCCUCACCGUCAUCCCCAAGCCCAGGCUGCGCAGGGACAGCAGCGGCGUCUUCGACUACCAGGAGGGCUGGGAUCCCAGCCCGGACGGCAAGAACGGGCUGGAGGACUCCUUUGAGAGCAGCCACCAGCUGAAACGGCUGCUGGGGCCCCCCCAGCCCGCGCUGUUCUGUGACCAGCCCGACCUCACCUCCCUGAUCGACACCAACUUCCUGGAGCACGCCAGGGCCGAGCCCGAGCCGCGGCUGCGGGCCGUGGGCGCCCGCCGCAAGGACUCGGGCUACGACUUCAGCAGCCUGGUGGGGAAGGUGUACGAGGAGCACGGCGGCUCCGGCUGCAGGAACGGGACCUUCCCGGGGCUCCCGGCCCCGCACGGCCCCGCCGGGCUCUGCGGCAGCCGCGCCCCGGCCUGCGGAGAGGGCGAGGGCGGCUGCGGCGGGGACGAGACCUGUGACAAAUCCUCACCCCCGCCCUCCUGGGGAGGGGACCUGGAGAGCUCCAUCUGGAGCCUGGAACUGCAGGGGAACCUCAUCGUGGCUGGCAGGAGCAAUGGGAAGCUGGAGGUGUGGGAUGCCAUCGAGGGGACCCUCCGCAGCAGCAAUGAUGAAGGACAAUCCGGCAUCACAGCCCUCGUCUUCCUCAACAACAGGAUCGUGGCUGCCCGCCUGAAUGGCUCCUUGGAUUUCUUCUCUCUGGAGACACACACGUCCUUGAACCACCUGCAGUUCCGAGGUGGCCCGGGCAGGAGCAGCCUGCCGCCGUCGCCGGAGCUGUGCCGCGGGGCCGCGCUGCGCUGCCGGCUGACACACAGCGUGGCGUGCGCGCACCACAAACCCAUCACGGCGCUGCGGGCCGCCGCCGGCCGCCUCGUCACCGGCAGCCAGGACCACACCCUGCGGGUGUUCCGGCUGGAGGACUCGUGCUGCCUGUUCACCCUGCAGGGCCACUCGGGGGCCAUCACAGCCGUGUACAUCGACCAGACCAUGGUGCUGGCCAGCGGUGGCCAGGACGGGGCCAUCUGCCUGUGGGACGUGCUGACGGGCAGCCGUGUCAGCCACAUGUUCGCCCACCGCGGGGACGUCACCUCGCUGACCUGCACCACGUCCUGCGUCAUCAGCAGCGGCCUGGACGACGUCAUCAGCAUCUGGGACCGCAGCUCGGGCGUCAAACUCUACUCCAUCCAGCAGGAGCUGGGCUGCGGCGCCAGCCUGGGCGUCAUCUCCGACAACCUGCUGGUGACGGGGGGCCAGGGCUGCGUGUCCUUCUGGGACAUCGGCUACGGCGACCUGCUCCAGACCGUCUACCUGGGCAAGAGCAACGAGUCGCAGCCGGCGCGGCAGAUCCUGGUGCUGGAGAACGCCGCCAUCGUCUGCAACUUCGGCAGCGAGCUCAGCCUGGUCUACGUGCCCUCGGUGCUGGAGAAGUUGGACUGAGCAGGAGGAGGGGCCGGCGGGACUGAGGCGGGGCUGGGGGCUGUGCCGGAGAGGGGACAGGGCCGCGGGCUCCGUGGCUCCAUCCGUGCCACCGGAGCGACUCCGGUCACCGAGCGGGGUGGGGCCGCCGCGCUCCUCUGCUCUCCCCGGGCCGGCAUCUUCCAAGCGGUGUCGGGGACCCCCGGCGGCGCGAUGGUGUGGAGGGACACGGGGCGGGACAGGGCAGAGCGGGGACAGUGUGGUGGCUCCCGGGCCGGACACCCAGCGGUGGCUGUCCCGGCCCAGCACCGCCCCAGGCCACAGAACAGCCCUCGGCCGGCCCCGGCCCCGGGUGGCAGCCGGGCGAGGGCCGGGACCGGCCCGUCCCGGGCGCGGCUCGGCCCCCACGUGCCUUAGGGCGCGGCAGGGCCCGCCCGACCCCGCCCGGGGCCGCAGCUGCCCCCACUCUAUUUAUUUAUACGCUGUAAAUAGUUAUUUAUUGGGGCAGGGGGCGCGGGGCUCCAGCCCCAGCAGUGCUGCCCUUGCCGUGCCCUGGCACAGCUGCCCUGCCCGGCUCCCUCCUGCGCCCCGUCUGCAGCAAUAGCACCUUCCUCCUCCUCCCCUUCCUCCUCCUCGCUGCGGGGCCAGAGGAGGCUUUUCUCAGGUUGGGAGCGGGCGGAGCUCUCGCCCCCGUCCUGCAGGCGCUGGGGAGGGACCCGGGCGGGGGCACAGCGGGACCAACGUGCACAGCCAGGGACGGGGCAGCCCCCGGCGCUCCCCCAAGCCCGAGCCGGGCCCCGCUGCGGGCCCCGGGGCUCCCGGCCCGUCCCGCCCUGCCCCGAACCGCCCAUGACGUCUGUUCUCGACCCCCGGUGAUUGUAGAGGCGGCGCCGGCCUGGGGCAGGGGGGACCCCCGGGACCCCGGCCCAGCCCCCGCGGGUGGCCUUCGCCCAGCUGUACCUUUGUGCUGUACAGGGGACGCUUUUUGUACCGAUCGUGUUUUAUAACGUGUGCAGAACAUCCAUUAAACGGAACUAACCCGA